AUGAAUAAUUCAUACUUCUACUGUAUCCCAGGGAAGGCUGAAAGAGAACAAAAAAGGAGAGCCUCCUGCGACACGUACCCGUUCUCUGGAGAAGGAGAGUUUAACUGUCCCACCGAUUACGAACCCACCUGCGGGACUGACAAUGUGACCUACCCCAAUGAGUGCUCCCUCUGCAAAGAAAUCUUCCGUAACCAAGCCAUUGACAAGAAGCAUGAUGGAAGAUGUGUUAAGUUUGACUGCAGUGGCUACCUGAGACCACUCAGCCGUCGUAUGGACACCUGCACCACGGAGUACACACCCAUCUGCGGCACCAACGGGGUUACCUACAGAAACAAGUGCUACUUCUGCAAUGCUGUGGUGAGUGGACUGGACAUGGACCUGAGCAAUCUUGGAGAAUGCGCCCAGGUAAAGCUCAGAAAUCUGCACACUGCUAUUGACUGCAGUGAACAGAAUGGCAACAAUCUUGCCUGCGCUGCCGACUAUAGCCCACUUUGUGGCUCUGAUGGCAGAACUUACGGAAACCAGUGUCAUUUUUGCAAUGCAGUUUCAUUGAGCCAGGAAGGUCUGUUCCUCAGACACCGUGGUGAAUGCUGAGCGCUGGAGCUGUUCCGUUACAAAUUCUGAGAACACAUACGAUCCUCCCUGCUCCUUUGACUGUUGUGCAUUGGUCUCUGCUUUGAUUGAUCAAUAAAUUAAAUGCAACUA